GAGACGAGACGGACGGGGCGAGACGAGCGACGGCGGCGGCGGAACGAGGAGGUGGAGGAAGAGGCGGUGGAAAUCGGUGUGUGCGCUCAUGACGGAGACCUCGUGCGUACCAGUCGCGUCGUCGAGCGGAGCCGAGCCGAGUCGAGUCGUGUUACGGCCGUAAUCGCAGUUGUUCCUCGCAACAGUUUGCCUCGUGACGACGUCAGUGUAUCUGCCUGCGCGCGCGUGGAGACGAGUACGAGAGACAAGUAGAAGAGUGGUAGAGAAGAGGUCGAGACAGUUGAAAAGAUCCGAAUGGAACGGGACCGAUCACCCGACCACGCGCACUAACUUUUUUAUCUGCUGUCGUUUAGCCGUGUAUUCUCAGUCGUUCUCGUGGUCGUAGUCGUUGUCGUGUCGCGUUGUGAAAGAUUUUAAACAACCGGAUCGCUCUACGCUCUCGUGCGACCUCUCUCGCCCUCCGCGAGUUAUACAUAUAUCCGUGGCGCGCUACUCCUCUCCUACUCUCUUUUUUCGCGGUGUGUAUUUUUCGUGUCCCGUCGCGCCUCCCCCCGGCCCUAUCGUCCGUCUUAGUUUCGCGUUAUCCCUUCUCCCGUUAGUGUCGGUCUACGCGUUCUCGCUCGCUCUCCGGGCAGCGAUUUCAAGAAUGUGACAGUGCGCGUCCUCGCGGUCGCCUCGCGCGAAUAAGCCCGCAGGCCGGCGACGACGAUGGGUGACGAGCGACAAGUGUGUUACGGUGUACAGUGAGAACAGUGAGCUAGAAAGAGUAAGAGAAAGAGGGAGAGAGAGAGAGAGAGAGAGAAAAAAAGAGAGAAAGAGAGAGAGAGCACGAGAAAGAAAGAAAGAGAACAAGACAGACGAUGCAAGCGGAAAAUGUCACUCGGUGAUACGCGCAUACGGAUGACGGGGAGUGAUCGACGCGACAAUCUCGGAUUUGAGGUUAAAGUGUCGCCGUCGACUUCGUCGUCGUUGUUAUUGCUGUUGUUGUCGUUGUUGUUGUUGUUGUUAUGCGGUGCUGGCGCGCCGGCAUUGGCCACGGUACGGGCAAAGGAGUACCAAGAACGAGACCGGCACCAUCCUCGUGUCCUUAGGGGCCUAGACGUCGUCCACCGAGAUUCGAAAGAUACUGAUCAAGCGGUGUGGUACACCGUGGCCAGCAGAGUGAUCUCUUAAGCCUUAAAAAGGGUCAGAUAUCCGGCGAUCUAACUCGGACCGAGUUAUUUCGUUUUACCGCGCGCCACGCACCGAGAUAUCCGUGCACUCUGCAAUAGUAAUAUAGAAUAGGGCGCGCGCGCUCGCGUGUGUGCGCAUCGCAGGCUUGUGUGGCAGGUCGCGAGGUUAAGGCGCCGCCUGUCGAUACACAACGUCAGAGGAAAGUCAAGAACCGGUGUUGUGUGUGAGCGCGGCCGAUUCGUGUUGGUACAUGCAACGGAUAAGUGUAUCGUGAUACUAUUAGUGCGCGUUCGGGAACCUCGCCGUCGACCGUUUACGUCCAUGGACGAUCCACACUGACGUACGCGUACCUUCGUGCCUUUUCGCUGCUAUCGUAUUAUGCGCCGCAUAUGAACGUCACCGAAAAAUAAUCGUCGAAAACAACCAUCGAGCAUAUACACACAUAUAUACACACACACACACACACAUAUAUAUAUAUAUAUAUACAUAUAUAGAUAUAUAUAUAUAUAUAUAUAUAUAUAGAUAUAGAUAUAUAUUCCGGCUGCCGACGGUCGACAGUGUCAUCGAUUCGAUACGUCCUCGGAACGUUGUCACGGCGCCGUUCGAUCGGUUCCAACCGAUUCGAUCGGCUCGUCGACGCGGAACACAGAAUCAAUUCGUGGAUAACCGCGGGAGAUAAGCGCGCCUGGAUUCAACGAGAUCGGACACCGCUAAUCGUACAGUUUAUUGUACGCGGAUCAGCGCGCGCACGCUUACUGGCGUCGUCCAAUCGACUGGCCAGGCUCGUGUGUACGGUGUGGUACAUAGGUAAAUAAGAGUUCAAGGUUACCAGACGAGACCGACCUAACCUGGUUCACGCGUUUGAAAAAGAUAUCGGCGCGAACAACACCGCGCGAGGGUAGUCGAUAAUCCCGUUAGCCCAAGUUAAAAUUCGGCGUCUCUCGCCGAGCGGCUCGUAAUUUCCGAAUUAUCCCCGUUUUCGAGAAGAAGAAGAAGAAGAAAAUCGAAAGGGAAAAACGCGGCAUUUUCACUGUGGUUGUUCGUCGUUCGAAAGCUCCGAAACCAGGGGAGGCGUCUGCAACAGGGAACUGUCACACUAUUUCGAGACCGUGACCCAAAGUGCGCGAAGCUACACGGAGGGAGUGUAAAUAAAUAUAUACGUGCUGGCCCCGUCAGAAGACUCCGGGGACCCUCGUUGUGUUCGUCUGCAAUUAUUCGGUCAGGCGGUCGUAUAUGUGUGUUUGUUUGUUUUCUCGUUGACAGUAUACACAGAGGGGACACGACGGUGUAUACGUGAAAGGUUUUUCCGUGGCAAACGCCACCGACGGAUUGACGAGACAGAAGCAACAAGAACAGGGACUGGCCUGGAAAGCCGCGGAAACGCGGGGAGAGCGAAGAAGGGUGGAAGAAGGAGGAGGAGGAGGAAGAGAUCGCCGGUGUCCUCCUCCGGUGUUCGCGGAUCGCUGGCGUAGCGAGCUGCGACGGUGUCGCGUCGGGCACUGAUUCCCCGAAUAUUUCUAUUUGUUUUCCGCGCGGCUACGUUAAAAAGUACUGGCCCCCAAAUGCGCGUACCGCAAAUCCUGUUUCAUGUUCAUGUUCUGGAGCAAACGGACGGCGCUCACUAGACGUCUCCUAAAGGCCAAGGUCCGUGGAGAGCAUGAAACCGAGUGUGAAGCUCAAGAGGAUUCGUCACGUAUUCAUCGCGCAAGCAACACGAGCAGCACCGACAACGACACGAGCAACGUGACAGCAACGACGGGCCAAACAACCAGAGGAGCGCGUGGAGCGUCGUCAAGAGGCGCAGUCGGCGGCGACGGCGCCGGAGGGAGAGGCGGUGGCGUUGGCGGAGGUGGAGGAGGAGGGGGAGGAGGAGGAGGUGGAGGUGGCCGUAUUUCGUCGAGUAGACUGCAUCAAGGUUGCUGCGGCGGCGAUCAGAGCCAGGACGAUGACGAGGAUCCCGUUCGUUUAUUAAGGUGCAAAGAGCUCCUGAAGUCGCUUAAGGAAAAUCAGCUAGAGAUGUUGCUCACCGCCGUCGAGAGCUGCGGCGCCGAUCUCGGCUCGUGCGUUCUCGUGCCCCGCCAGCGUCCGGAGGAUGCCUACGAUCGUUCGGACCAACAGCAACAAUACUAUCGUUUCCAUCGGUUCAAUUACCACCAUCAUCACCACCGUUAUCAUCACGCGCAUCAUCACCACCACUACCAUGCCCGGCAUCAUCGUAGACAUCAUCGUUCCUCCUCGUUGGAGAACGACCACGAGGACUACGAGGACGAAGACGACGAUCAGAAUUCUGGCUCGGAGGACUCGAGCACCUCGCCGAUCAGGCCGGAAAAGUGCAGGGUGCCCGCGCGAGGUUCGCUCGAUAACGCGCCGAUCGAUCCUCACCUGCUCUGCUGCCAGAUUUGGCGGUGGCCAGAUCUCACUCACUCGUCCGAGCUCAAGAGACUUCCUGUCUGUCAUUCCGCUAAAGACCCCGUAUACAUAUGCUGCAAUCCUUACCACUGGGGCAGGCUCUGCAAACCCGAGUCGCCGCCACCCCCGUACUGCCUUAUUGCUGACAGACUGAGACCCGAAGAUCGUGCGCCCAGCGAAGGGGAUCAACGUCGGUGCAAAAACAGCACGCCCCUGCCGCUUCCCGGCUCCCUUACCACCAACGGAGAAGGUGAGACUGGACAGAAGGAAUGGUGUACAUUAGCAUAUUGGGAACUAGGUGGUCGAGUGGGUCGUCUUUACCCUGUGGAGCCAUCGACGGUGAAUGUAUUCGAUUCCCUCCACGAUGGCGAUGGCCUGUGCCUCGCGAAGCUAGCCGAGAACCAUGUUGCACCACCGGCGGUCCAAAAAACAAGAAGCAAAAUCGGUCUUGGUGUAAUGCUAAGUCAAGAAGCAGACGGUGUAUGGGCGUACAACAGAUCCGAGAGCCCGAUCUUCGUGAACUCGCCGACGCUGGAUGAUCCAGAGUCUAGAACGCUGCUCGUCUAUCGCGUGCCUCCUGGUUUUUGUCUGAACAUCUUCGACCGAACCAAAAUACUACAGCUUCCAUACGGCAGCGGUACCGUAAGAACAACCGGGCAGGCCGCGGGCUUCGCCUCCGGUCCUGUCGACAUCAACUCCGUCCGUAUCAGCUUCGCGAAAGGCUGGGGGCCGAAGUACGCGAGACAGGAAGUCACGUCUUGUCCAUGUUGGCUCGAAGUUCUCCUGGCGCCAUGCAGGUGAUAUGCCCUACUACGACUCCUCGUGAUGGUAUUCAGUCUCGUCCAUUUGCGCAACUUCUUCCUCCUCGUCGUCCUCACCGAGAACCGAUCUGUGAAACUGGCGCAGCAACGACGACGACGACGACGCUCCGUCCCAAAGGCUGCCAACGGAUGCUCGAACGACCAAGGAUCGUCGCAAGCAGUCUUACCAAAGUACGCCGCCAUACAUCCGUGAACAGCGUCGUUUUGUUAACAGAGAGCGAGCGAGAGAGAGAGAGAGAGAGAGAGAGAGAGAGAGAGAGAGAGAAAUGGGAGAUCGCUCGACUCCGAGUGUUUUUAAAUGUAUGUAAUAUCCUUGUGCCUGCGAACGGUCGACGCACAAUUUUACGUGGUACUCGACGAUUAUCUGUAGCGUCGAAAACUCGUUCGUUUCGUUGUCGAUGACACGCUCCUCGAUCGGCCCACGAAACGCUGUUUCUCGCAGUUUCUUGCACUUUCUUGAUAAUGUUAAAUGAGAUUUCACGGGAAACGGGAAAAAAGGAAAAUAAUAAGCGAAGCGGAACGCGAUCCGCCAGGUCUAGUCAGUGGUAUUUAACGUUUGUAAAGCUUGACGUUUUUCUAUGUCUCGCGUGUUAAGGACUAACAUAAGAUGAUCAACGCUAUCCGAAAUCAUGGAGAAAGUGCGAGAACACGCACUGACAUAGUCGGUACAUAACGCAACCAUUCUCUUUACGGUAUCGAGCAUUAAGUUUUAAUGUCCACAUUGUCUAGCCAUGUCCUCGUUUACGAUUAAUCAUUACACUGCGAGGAAGCAAGAAUUUGGGCUUCCGAUGAGGUCUAGUCAAUGGCGUUUUAAGAGCACCGCUGCUCGCGUUGGUCGCGCAGAUCGAGAAUCCGUUUAAAUUAUCAAGAAACGAGAACAUCGCCAACAAAUAAUGUACUUGGCGUUUCGCGUCGUACCCACGGAAAGAGAAAGACUUCUGCUUUCAAUCGUUCACGUCAACGUUUUUCUACUUCCGCGAGAUAUUUUCCCUUCGUUCGCACGAUUCGCGUCCGACUUCGUUCAGAAAUUGUAAACUUCAUUAUAACCCCCGCUAGACUUAAAUGAAACCUUCGUCGAUCAAUCGAACAACCUGAUCCAACGUCGAUGGACGUUCGUGACUAGUCGCGAAUUCUACUGUUGACGUUCCUGCGUUGCGAUUCGUCGGAUCAACGACCAAUUGUAUAGCGCGCUCGUACCGAGCACGAGACUCCGUUUACGUUCGAUUAAACAUGCGCCAUUCGUUUUUUCAUACUUCAGAAAAAUAUCAGCUUUGUAGAUUAUUUAUUAUGGAAACAGAGAAGAAAUGAAGGAGUGUAAAAUUAAUGGAUCUAAAAGAGUGCUCCCAAUAUGAGACGCCGUUUGAAAUUCGAAUGGAAAGAUCAUUCGCUUCCGUUGCGUUUUUAAGAUAAUUUAAGUUAUACAAUAUUUAUAGAUUCGUCAUUGGAAUAGAAUCUAAAUGUCUACAAGAUCCUUGUCCUGGGUUCGAAGAAGCAUUAGAUUAAUUUGAGAAUAAUUUCUUAACGCUCUGUUUAGAAGAUGAUAUCGGAUGGUUUGGUAUCAUGAAAAUCUUUUCUGUGCCCGCUUAGCAAAAUUCACGGCGGGAAAGAAGAAAAAAAAACACAUUUAAUGGCACAUUCUUGAAGCGAUCGUUAUGCGUCGGACGUUAUCAUAUUUUGUCUCUGGCGGGCAGAUAAAAGACGGACAAGUCGAAUUUUGACAAAAUAAUCUUAAAUCGAUUGCGGUGUAUAUUUUUUAAGUCCGACCGAAAGAAGAAACACGUGCUACGUGAAUCUUAUGUCCAAAAUGUAAUAGCUGAUUUCGCAUUGCACUUUGAACGCGCUUUUUCUGCACAAUUAAAUGAAUUCCGUCUCACGGCUCUUUUACUUCUCCGACAGAGAUAUAUCUGUUUCGCGAACAACGCGCUUGUUCGCAAAAGCGUGUUGGAGUCUCGUAGCCGGCGCGGUCGCUCUGCUUUCGCGUUUCAAUUAAUAUAAAUUGUCGUGUACCACUAUUGCUGCGAUUGUUCCCGGAUCGUCGUUCGGUGCUGUACGUACAAUAACAUGUACAUACACUGUGCCUUCCCAAUUUCUUUCCCGGUGCAGCGCGCGCUCGGGCGCGUGGCAAACAACGAGCGAACGGAUGCGUGCAACAAGAUGCGUGUGUCGACGAGAAAACGGGAGAAUGAGUGAUCGAGCGAGUUCGCGCGCCAGCUAACGGUUUGCACCGAAACGCCCGAGAGCUUCGUAACUACAGUAAUACGAUACUGUGAUAAAAGUUCCACCCGGGUCUCUACUUCUUUCGUCUUUCUCAUUCUCCCCUGCGCUGUUAACGGAAGCGUUUAACGUUGCACCAUCGAUGAAAGCAAUCAAUCCGUUAAAUGCGUAACAUUGCACGGAAACGAAACAACAGGAAACUGAACUUACGGUAAAUAAAACGGAACAGACGCGAUAAAGGAACGGAAAUAAACAAGAUACGAUUAACGAUAGGACGAUCCGUAGGUCGAAAAUUUAUAAGGAUUCUACCUGUUUUCUCGGACGAAUUUUGUUACGAAUUUUGAACGGCGCGAGAGAAUGGUACGAGCGAUACGUUUUACAAAUUUGAUCGCGGGAGACCGAAUGCUCGCCGAAAUGCGCCCCGUUACGGCGAUUUCGACGCGGGGAACGCCGGAUACGACGCGCGACUGUGAGGACCGUUAGGCUAUAAGGAACGCGAGAAAGAGAGAGAGAGAGUGUGUGUGUACGGAGAGUCCGAAACGACGACGUUGAACAGUACACGAACGUGCAUACGAUGCAGCAUGUACCGCCACCAGUGAUACGUAUUCAUUUGUACGCGAACGACACGCACGUGCACAGAAGGCACACGUGCAAACACACGACACGCAUACGUACACGCAUACAGGAAACGUACACACACGAAGUACAUAUGUAUAAAAAACGCAAUCGACUGAUCGAAUAGUUUUCUUUAGCCCUUCGAGCCGGUUAAUUACAUUUCGUGCAACCGCUUUCGUCGGUAUCGAGAGCGGACGUCGUCUAUGGUUACGGUUACGUUGUGGAUCGCGGCCCGUUCGCGAGACACGAUUGCGUAUGACACGCCGAACGAUAUAUUGUGAUGCGUAUAUUGUCGCUUAAAUGUUAUAUAUUGAUUAUGUGUACGCGAGUAUACAGAAAUGUUCAUAGGUAGCUAGCUAUAUCUACUGCAACGGUGCGGGUUCCGGGGCCUGUGCGCGACGAUUCCGUAAACGACAGCGUUCAGAUGCGCCUAACGGCGAUGUUGGGUCAUUUCGCGGAGCGGUGUUCGCGCGGACAACGUUGUUUUUCCCGUACUGGGUGGAUGGAGGGGGAGGGCGAGGCGAGAAGAAAAGAAACGCUUUUCUCCGCGCUUGCGAAUCGCCUCGCGUACAGGCCCCGAGAACACGUCGACGAGAAAGAAUUUCGAUCGGAGACAGUCGUCCAUUCUCUGUGGACGGCUACGUUGCUUUUUAUAGUCCUUUUUUUGUCACGGUUCUAACCUGCUACUAUAUGUAUAGUCGAGGUUGGCUCGUCGCUGGAAUUGAACCAAAAUGCGUGCGAGAUCGGUCCGAAGAAGCGAUUACACCUUCGGUAAAUUGAUCGUUCGAAGUGAACACGGAGCGCAACAGAAGACGACCCCGCAUACUUUGUACAAAAUAUUUUAUUUUCUUUCGUAAUGAUUCGAUUAAAAAUAAGUUUACUUA